AUGGGACUGCGCCGGAGCGGAAAGUCCUCCAUUGCCAGUGUUGUUUUUCACAAAAUGCCCCCAAAUGAGACACUGUUUUUGGAAUCAACCACGCGCAUCCAAAAGGACUCUAUCCAUUCGUUCAUGGAUUUUCAAGUGUGGGACUUCCCCGGCCAGUUGGAGUACCUGGAGCCGUCAUUCGACUUGGAGGACAUCUUUGGUAGCCUGGGUGCCCUCGUCUGGGUGAUCGACGCCCAGGAUGACUACUUGGAUGCGGUCGCGCGCUUGAAUCGUACAAUCUUGACGGUCCAGCAAUAUUAUCCCAACAUCAACAUUGAGGUGUUCAUUCACAAGGUGGAUGGGCUCUCGGAUGAAUACCGCACGGAUACAUUCCAGGAUAUUGUGCAGCUGAUUUCGGACGAGCUUAGCGAUGCGGGAUACGAGAACGCACCUGUGCACUACUAUCUGACAUCCAUCUACGAUUAUUCCGUUUUUGAGGCCUUUAGCAAGGUCAUUCAGAAGCUGAUACCUAAUCUAUCGACCCUUGAGAACUUGAUCAAUACGCUUUCCAACAACUGCGGCUUUGAGAAGACUUAUUUAUUUGAUGUGCUGAGCAAAAUCUACAUUGCAUCCGACACCAGGCCGGUAGAUAUGUCGUGCUACGAGAUGUGUUCGGAUUACAUCGACGUGAUCGUGGACAUUUCAGAGCUGUACUCGUGGGACCAUCCCGACCGCAAGCCUAGGGGCGAGCAGGGCCAGGAAGCCGAGAGCCACGUGGUGCUGCAUGAUGAGACGAUGAUACAUUUGCUCGAAAUGAACAAAUAUCUAUGUCUCGUUUCCGUCAUCCGCAACCCCGAGGCGAAGGAAAAGAAAGGCCUGAUCGACAUGAACUGCCGCACUUUCCAGGAGGCGCUGAAUGAUGUUUUCUCUCGCAGUUGGGAACAAGACCAGGACCCUGAGCCAAGAAUAACAAAGGCGUCAGGGCAGCCAGACGAAUAA